AUGGCUGGACUCAGGACAGUUGCACUGGAUGAAGCCGAUGAACCUCAAAGACUGAAUCUCAAAGACGACAACCAGUGGGCUUCCGGCUCAUCUAUACCGGGUCUCAAUGCACUCAUUCUCCAACCUUCUCUUCGAGAAUAUAACCUUCUACUCCGAUAUACCAGACCUGAACAGAAGACACUGACACUGGAAAACUCUGAAGCGUGA